AUUUCUUUGACUUGAACAACCUUCUCUGCUUUCAUCUAUUGAACUAAUUACUUGACGUUCAAGUAUCUUAUAAUGGCUCCCAUUAGGUCUGAAAGGCAGAGAAAGCCAUAUGCUCGUCCUCGAGGGUCUGAUGGCCAUUGGGUCCAUGACCGAGCUCCGCUUCAAUCAGCAAAAGCAAACGCACCAGCCAACACCGGUUCAACCACAAAGCUCAUCGUAUCCAACUUGCACUACGAGAUCACGCCUAAAGACUUGGUGUCCAUUUUCGGACAAAUAGGCACGCUCGUUCGCGAGCCUUUGAUCAGGUACGACCGCAGUGGACGUUCAUCUGGUGUGGCAGUUGUGUCGUUCGAGACACCCUUACAAGCAACGCGUGCCAAGAGACAGUUCGAUGGUAAACUUGCAAAAGGACAACCUAUGGAAAUCGCGUUCGACACCGCGCCAUUACGAACAUCCUCGCUCUUGAGUAGGAUUGAACGACCUUCAUUGGCAGAGCGCUUGAGUGGUAGUGCUGCACCGAAACAGCAAGGAGGUGCUAGCCUGACUCGCACACGCCAACCACGAUCCGCAAAAGUUGCCUCGUCAUCGAAGACAAAGGCUCCAAAGCCUACGCGAUCCAAAACUCCCACGGCUGAGCAGCUUGAUCAAGAGCUCGACAUUUUCAUGGCUGAUGACAAAGGUGUUGCAGUCAAGAAAGCAGCCACUGUAGAUGAUGUUGAGAUGGCGUGACCUGUGUUUGCGUCAAGUACCUGUACAUAGUGAAUGUAUGCUAUUAUAUAUCGGGCUAGUUACAUGCUUUUAGUGUUUGGGAAGGUCCUCAUCGACAUCAUUGUCCACUUUGC